AUGGGGCCGACAUGGACGAAAGAACACUUGGAUUUCAUUCUAGUCCCCGCUGGUUUACUGGUCAUGGUCGGAUAUCAUAUGUUUCAUCUCCACAGAUGCAUCAAUCGGGCUGAGACCACAGUUGUCGGAUAUGAAAACCACAACCGGAGACUUUGGGUGUCGCGAUUGCUGGAGGUUGAAGUAAAGGAUAGAAAUCAGGCACUUACAGUGACAGGGAACUACUUAUUUGCAGCGAUGUCUCUAGCGUCCAUCGCCCUUGUUCUCUGCUCGUUGCUCGUGGCAUGGAUUGGAAACUCGUACAACAACGAACCCGUAGCAGCGAGAGUCUAUGGAAACAUGAGUCCAACCAUUGUUUACACCAAAUACCUGGCAAUUCUCACCAGCUUCGUGAUUGCCUUUGUUUGUUUCGUCCACGCAGCAACGAGCUUCCUUCAUGCCGGUUUCCUCAUAAGCUUGCCCAACUGCGUAAUGCUCGCGGGCAAUGUCGAGAAUGCAGUCAUAACGGGAUGUAAUUUCUGGGUGGUCGGGCUCCGAUCGCUCUAUUUAGCCACCAAUUUGAUGCUGUGGAUUUUUGGCCCGAUUCCGAUGUUUCUCAGCUCAGUGAUCACAGUGAUGCUUCUGCAGUUCUUGGAUAGGAACACAUGCCCACUGCCUCAGUAUGCUCGGCCACUGAGUUGCGACCCUUACAAGAAGAUCGAUGAUCACUGA